AUGGCUGGUAACCCCCGCAAGAACACCCCCGGUUCCAAUCACUCUGAGGGAGGUACUCAACGCUCUGCGAAACAAAAAGAUCCCCCCAUUUUCACUAAUGAUACUCCUUUUCCCACGGACAAGACCCCUCUGGUCAAGUUUCAGACCUGGUUCUUACUCCUCAAAAAGAAGUUCCAGAGCAAUGCGGAUCAUUUCGCCACUGAUGACAAAAAGAUUAUCUAUAUCAUAGGACAUCUCGGUGGUACAGCCUCUGACAACCUCCUACCCUUCAUUGAAGAAGAUGAGAACGGAAAACCCAUUCUCACGACAAGCCAAGCAGUCAUUGACUACCUGGAUGAGAGUUAUAAGAAUCAUCACGCAAAGGACAAGACGAACGAAUUGUUCGAUUUCCUGAAGAUGACCAAGGGUCAGGACUUCCCUGUUUUCAAGCUCGAGUUCGUGAAGCUCGCAGGCAUGAGUCGGAAGGUAAAGUCUACUUGGAAGAAGGAACUCUUUAAGCGACUUCUGGAUCGCCUUAACUCCAUCUCCUUUGAUAAGAAGGAUGACGACUUGAUGAAGGCAAAGAAAGAUAAGCCUGACGCGGCAAAGGCCCCGAAUAACAACAACACUCUCCCUGGUCCUCGACUCCCUCAACCCAUCCCGGGUGGGAACGGCAAUCGCGGAUCUCCCGAACCUGUUGAUCAUCAUGGCAUCGCUGUUGCAGGUACUGCUUCGAACGGCAAGAAGAUGUACGCGAAGCCCUCGUACGACCAGACCCAAUCCUUAAUCCCUAAGGGACAGUACUUCAUCUGUUACGAACCAGGUCAUCGCAGCCCUGAGUGUGAUCUGAAGGCCAAGUAUAAGAAGAUCGAGGAGGCUCGAAUCAGAGCGAUCAUGAGAGCCGCCCACGCUUCUAAUGCUUACAAGCUGAGCGAAGAGGAGGUAAAAGAUUAA